CUAUCUUACUAUCUUAGCCGUGCAUAGCGUCAGAGCGUCAAGAAGCAGGCAAGCAAAGACUGGAUACGACUCGAUAGAUAGGAAACCAGAAACAAAGCAGGAAAAAAUGCAGACUUCGUUGAGAUACAGUGGUGACUCCAAGGCUCUAAGAAUCCACGCCAAGGAGAAGUUCCCCAUCGAUUCCAAAACCCAUUUGCAGGUUCAAGGCGAGCUGGACACAAGAACUGGAGUCCCCAAUAACUUCUGUGCAAUGAUAAGGCACUCAUAUCAUGAUUUGUUCACAAGCCUUGGUGUUGGAAUGCGCUAUGAUAAGCGUGAUAAGGUGCGGUACACACUGCGAGGAAAAAAAUCUUUCCUUGUAACCAACGAUGAUUCAGUCAAUUUUGUUAUCAAGGGAAGAUAUGAUGUUGAUCAAGAAUUCAAGGGGAGGAAGUCAGAAGGAGCUGCUGAAUUUAUUUAUAAAAUCUUCAAUUUCCAGAAAGACCAAGAUGUUAGACUCAAAGUUGGCUAUGAAGUAUUUGAGCAGGUGCCAUAUCUGCAGGUUAGGGAAAAUAAUUGGACCCUCAAUGCUGACAUGAAUGGUAGAUGGAAUAUAAGAUUCGAUUUGUGAGAAUGCAUGAGAUGGACCACAUUUGGUGGUGAGAUAUGUAAUGUAAGUGCUAUAAACAUGUAUAACGUUCAUUUCAAUUCUGGUGGAACAGACAUUGCUGCGUCAAUGCUGAUUAGUAGAAAAUAGAAACCCAAUAAUGUCACGGAUGGGUCAUUAAUUAUUUUUCUUUGCUA